GUGAAUUUCGAACGAAAAUUGCUCGCUUCCAGAAAAUUCCGCAUUCGGAAGAGCAGAACGGUUUUGCGGAAUAUCGCUGCAACACUUCAAGCAUGGGUCGCGUCAGAAAGUUCCGCGCCGUCGUGGGUAUCGACGAGCUGGCCUGGAAUAGCACUCUCUGGAGGUCCCUGCCUGCGGAAUUCCUGGGCACCGGAUUCCUGGUGCUUGUGGCCUGCGGGUCGUGCACGGGCGGCUGGGACGACGGCUACAGUCCGAGCAUCGUCCAGAUAGGACUGACCUUCGGCCUGAUCGUGGCCACCAUGGUCCAGACCAUCUGUCACGUGAGUGGUGGUCAUAUUAACCCGGCAGUGACCGCGGGAAUGCUGGCAGCUGGCAAGUGUUCCGUGAUUCGGACCGUGCUGUACAUCAUCAUGCAGUGUGCGGGCGGUAUUGCUGGGGCUGCAGUUCUAAAGGCGGUCACCCCCGAAGAACUGAAUUCUACGCUGGGGAACACGGCCCUCCACCCCAAGAUGUCCGCGAUCCAGGGGGUGGGCGUGGAAUUUCUCAUCACGUUCGUCCUGGUGUUCACCGUUUUCGGGGUCUGCGACUCCAACAGACUCGAUGUGAAGGGAUCGGCUCCGCUGGCCAUCGGCUCCAUCACUGCUUGCCACCUGUGGGCUAUAAAAUACACCGGAGCAAGUAUGAACACAGCCAGAUCCUUUGGACCAGCUGUCAUCAUGAACCAGUGGGAGAACCAUUGGGUAUACUGGAUUGGACCUAUCGUUGGCGGCAUUAUUGCCGGACUUGUCUAUGAAUACCUGUUUGCUGCCUCACCCCCAUCAAAGGAAGAUCUGGAACGCGCUAGGGAACAAGCCCUCUCAAACCUGAAUGAGAAGGAUCCCGAUAGGACCACUAACAUCUAAAGGUGACCAGUAUCACUGCAGUCGAGCGCAUGUCAUCAACUACUGUUUGGUUUCAAAAUAUAUGUACUAUUUUCGUUUUAUGUUUUUCCUCUGAAAGGACCACUAAAUUGAACAAAAGAUCCAGUUUCUUUCUGUUGACAUUAUUGUCCUGAAUUUCCUGGAUGAGGAAAAAAAAUGUUUCACAUGCACAUUUCUGUUGUAAUAUUUGAGAUACUUUAACGAAUGUUACAGUCAUCAAAGUAUUGCUCUUCAUUUUAUGCAUAAAAAUUCAUGAAUAAAACUAGUUCUCUUAAA